AUGGAUUUCGUGGAUACAACACUGCAACGUCAUCAUGCAUCAAAUAUUCAGAAGUUCUGUCUUUACACGGAUAGACACAUGAAUGCGUCUAGGGUUUGCUCAUGGAUUGAAAAUUUAGGAAGGUGCAAUGUCGAAGACCUCAGUCUCUAUUUAGAUCUAGACGAAGAUUUUUUUGUUCCUCCAUCUCUAUUUACAUCUGAAUCAUUGAUUAAAUUGGAGCUAAGUGCGCCAUCAUGCGAUUCAUGCUCUAUGCCUAUCCAUCUUCCAAAUAGUUUCUCUUGUCCAAAACUCAAGAGCCUUACACUCCAUCAAAUCCAAUUUACUGAAGAUAAGUGCUGGAAUGACCAACACUUUUCUAAUUGCCCUCUCCUUGAAGAUUUAACGUUGGAAGACUGCACUUGGGCUAAUGUGGGCAAUUUCUGUAUCUCAACUCCUGCACUGAAAGUCUUGAAAUUUUACGCUUGGGAUGAAUAUGAUAAUAGUUUACAAGACUGUGCUCUCCAAAUUAAUGCACCAAAUCUAGUGUCACUUACCUAUUUUGGUCGCGUGUCAAAGGAUUAUGUUCUUUCCAGCUUUCCAAAAUUAGAGUCUGCAGAAGUUCUUCUUUGUAGUUAUGGUGUACGAAGAGUGAAAAAGAUAGGUUACGGUGCAGCUGCAAGCAAAAUUUUUCAAGCGCUUUCACACGUACAAUGUUUAGAAAUGCAUGUUGAAUCUUUACAGGCUCUCCCCACCGUAGAUGACCUCGUACAUGCCCUACCUGUGUAUCAUAAUCUCGAAAGGUUGAUCCUGAAAGAAGGAUUAACCACUGAUAAUUCAUUAAUAUCUUUGCUCAAAGCAGUACCUAAUUUGAGGUGGCUCGACUUCGAAGAGAGCUGUAUUUGCAUUGACGAAAAUAAAGAAGAAGAACACGAAUGGGCUGGUCAUAUGUUAACUGCUGGAUGGAUGUUCCAACACCUAGAUUCAGUUUCCAUUGGGCGUUUUCGUGGGACUGCAAGGGAGAUGAGAUGGGUGAAACUAAUUUUGAAGAAUGCAAAAACUUUGAAAGCAGUUAUACUAGAUCUAAAUAGCGUUGAUGCAAUAAAUAGAGAAGUACAUAUGGCAGAGUUACUAAGUCUUCCUAGAGCCUCUGACAGAUUUUUUGACCCUCACGAUUUAUGUAUAAUUGAUGAGCUUUUGAAUGCUAAGUUGUCAAGUGCCUAA